CGCGAACGCGCACUCGCUCACCCACGGAGACCGACUGCGAUUGGAAGCGCGAGGCGGUCAGAUCGUGUGUUUUGUGUUGCUGCCGAGCACUAUCUUUUUUACACGAGUGCCGAGGACUGCAAAGGGAAAAGUUUAUUUCAGAGACUCUCCAACUAACGGGCAUGGCCGCUCCCAGAUCCCCCUGAACGCCAGUUGUGCGGACAGAGCAAGAGAUGACGAUCCACUUACAGCCUGUCUCCUGAAUAAGACAAGGACUUUUUGAGCCAUGAGUGAACGGGAUGGCCGCUGUGAUUUGUCCAUCGCCCCGGGACAGGUGUAUAUUGAAGUGGAGUACGAUUACGAGUACAAAGCGAAAGACAAACUCAUUUCCAUACGGCAAGGCGAGUGCUACAUGUUAGUUCGGAAAACCAAUGAGGACUGGUGGCAAGUUCGUCGGGAGGAGGGCACCAAGGCUUUUUACGUCCCUGCUCAGUAUGUCCGAGAGGUCCGACGUGCCCUUAUGCCACCUCCCAAACCUCGAGCAAAACCCCCAAAUGUUCUCGAGAUCACCCAUUGCAGAUCUUCGAAUGAAAAUCUCAACCAGCGUGCUCCCACGGAAAAGUCCACCUUUGGGAGGCCACCGCCAUCAACAACACCUUCCCCUUUACCAGGACAACAAACCCCGCCAUUGCUGUUACGUGACAGCAAUCAUAACCCAGGGAUGAAGAGCGUUGUUGCUGAACUAACCCUGCUCAACAACAACAACCAUCAUAACUUCCACCACGCCAAUCCCACGCUUCCGCAAGGGCGUGCAGAAUCUCCUCCGCGAGAUCAAGGCUGCCAGGGCAAACUCACAGGUGGUUUGUCUGUAGACACGGAUGGCAGUGUGUCACCGGGAGAUGGAGUGGAGAAAAUGAGAAAUGACUCAGAAUCUGGAGAUGAGCUCAGCAACAGCUCAACUGAACACAUACAGAGCGUGUCUCUAAGCGGACAGGGUCGACCCGAGUCCCCCGUUUACACCAACCUGCAGGAGCUGAAGAUCUGCCAGUCGUCUGUGCCGCCUGUGCCCUCCACUUCUCCUCUGCAUGUGUUGGGCGACUGGGAAACACACAAAGACACGAGCGGAAGAAACUUUUACUUCAACCGCACGACGCAGGAGAGGACCUGGAAACCCCCGCGCUCACGGGACAACGGGGUCAGUCGUGGAGACACAUCCAACACUGGAGACAUGGAGCCCUUGUCGUCAGAGGAGAACUGUCCGAGCACACACUCCAGUCAGUCAGACAGUCAGUAUGGCUCUCCACCUCGAGGCUGGUCUGAGGAGCUAGAUGAACACGGACACACACUCUACGUGUCUGAAUACACCAAUGAAAAGUGGAUUAAGCAUGUAGACGAACAGGGACGGCCGUAUUACUACAGCGCUGAUGGGUCCCGCUCAGAAUGGGAGUUACCAAAAUAUAAUCUCUCUCCGCCAAUCUCCGGAGAAGCUCCUAAGAGUCACAGUUUGGAAAGAAAGCAGCAGGAGCCCAUUGUGUUGACCAAAUGGAGACACAGCACAUAUGUGCUGGACAUCAGUGACAAGCCCUCAGAAAAGUGUGGUGUUCUCAAUGUUACCAAGAUCACUGAACAUGGCAAGAAAGUCAGGAAGAAUUGGGCCUCCACCUGGACGGUCCUGCAGGGAUCCUCUUUACUGUUUGCAAAGGGUCAGGGCAGCGGCACCAGCUGGUUCGGAGGGAACCAGUCCAAACCAGAAUUCACUGUGGACCUCCGAGGAGGUUCAGUCGAGUGGGCAUCCAAAGAAAAGUCCAGCAAGAAACAUGUCAUUGAGCUAAAGACACGAGUUGGCACAGAGCUGCUGAUCCAGUCUGAGAUCGACAGCGUUAUCAAUGACUGGUUCAGAGCACUUUCUGAGACCAUCAACACACAUGCUUGGGAGUCCGAUGAGGCUAUUGAAGAGGACAUGCCCGAGUCUCCUGGAAGCGAGAAACACGACAAAGAGAAAGACCCCAGAGACUCAAAGAAGAACAGAGUAGUGAAGAACUCCAGUAUGGAGUCGUCCGAGCAGAAGAAGACCAGAGUCAAGCUGAAGAAGUUCCUCACACGGAGACCAACCUUACAGGCAGUUCGAGAUAAGGGUUACAUCAAAGAUCAGGUGUUUGGCUGCAGCUUGACUGCUCUGUGUCAGAGAGAAGGCACGUCUGUGCCUAAUUUUGUGAAGAUGUGCAUUGAGCAUGUGGAGAACACAGGCUUGAACGUUGAUGGCUUAUACAGAGUCAGUGGAAACCUGGCUGUCAUACAGAAACUGCGCUUUGCAGUCAAUCACGAUGAAAAGGUGAAUCUGGACGACAGUAAAUGGGAGGACAUCCACGUCACCACAGGUGCUCUAAAGAUGUUAUUCCGGGAGCUUCCAGAGCCGUUGUUCACUUACGCAUCCUUUAAUGACUUUGUUGAAGCCAUCAAAAACUCAGACUACAAGCAGCGAGUCCAAUCCAUAAAAGACUUGAUCAAACAGUUGCCAAAACCCAAUCAGGAAACAAUGAAAGUGUUAUUCAAGCAUCUAAAAAGAGUGAUCGAUCAUGGCGAAGUGAACAGGAUGACGACCCAGAGUGUGGCUAUAGUGUUCGGCCCUACCCUGCUGCGGCCGGAGAUCGAGACUGGAAAUAUGGCUGUUCAUAUGGUCUAUCAGAACCAAAUAGUAGAACUCAUCCUACUGGAGUACGAGAACAUAUUUGGCAGGUAGAAGAACAUCUGCUUAUGACACAAUGCCAGACGUUUAACAUCUCAUAUCCAUCGCACAAAAACUGCUGUGGACCAAGAGUGGAUUUACUGUGACCUAUGACUGGAUUUACAGUGAACACAGGAAGGUUCUUUAUGCACUUAGCAUUUUGAGGAUAUACAUUUAUUUCCUUUUUCUGCCAUUUGGUUGUCAAUUUUUGGCUUAGAAUAAGCCGGAUGGACUUUUGGACGAUUAUGGAUGAUCGUCAGUCUCCAUUAUGCACUCUUUUUUUGGGAAAAUAGGAAUAUUUUCCUAAGUUGGACACUGAAAUGUUUUUUUUUCUUAGCCAGUAUUGACGACUCGGAUGAAAACUGACUUCAAGAGAGCUUUGCAGUGAAAUGUUUCAAAGUAAAACAGAUUUUUGGGAUUUCAUUGAUUCACUCGUGUAUCUGAGGCUAUGACAGACUCAGAGGUUUUGUUUUUCUUCAUUUGUUUUUCCUGUGGAAUAAGCUAAAAGUGCACUGUAUUAGGAAACAGUAUUAUAUGACAAUGACUACUGACUUAUGGAUAAUGGGCUCGAUUGAAAUGAACGAUGAUUAGUUAUCAGUAUUAGAGCUGGACUACGGUUUCAAAAUCGAAGGAUUUUCCCCCCAGUUGUUUCACCCCAGUGUCCACCAAUGUUCCAACCCUCGCUAAUGUCAACCAGAAUGGUUGUGUGUCUCUUGCUUCAGGACUUCACUUUACUGGAAAACUCACAUUUUCUUCACACAUCGGAUCAUCCGAUAGGAAAACUAACGAAAUGAGCCUCCCUUUAAUGAAAUAUCAAGGCUUUCACGUGUUUGAGGUCAAAUCUGUGUUGUUUCCUUGAAAUAAAUGGACUGUGUCGUGCUGAGUUGUGUAACAGUAUGCCGAGAAUCAGGUUGUUUUGCAGAUUUGAACCCGAUGUGUUGUGUAGUUUAAAAGCAAGACAAAAAAAACCUGCCAGUUGCUCUUGUAUCUCUCCGGGCUUACUGGAAAAAAGAAAGGUGAGAUGCUUAGAUCGGCAUUUAGGCCUACACGGUUUCAGAUCAAUACAGAAUAUUCAUCUCCUGUUUCCUGCUCCGCCUGUGGAAGGAGAGAAGCUUGAUAACAAAUUGACAGGAUGGUACUGGAAAUAGUCCUGCACUUGGUGUUUAACUGAAGAUGCCAACGGUGGACGGCAACUUUGUCUCGUUUUUAAGCAUAUGUACAGAUUACUUCAAUAUGAACUUGAAUUCUGUUGUAAAAAAAAGAUACCAAUAAUAUUGAAGUGUGAUGGCUUGAAGUUGUGUGUCAAAAAAAAGAAGAUCUCAUUUUGUUGAUGUACUGAUGAAGGAAAUGGAGUAUUGGAUGGGAUGAGGGAGGGGUGAUGUCAUCACAUUGUGAAUUCUGCACAUUUUGAAUGUAAUUUUCAGACUAACUGCUGUUUCUGAAAUUGAUGUCUAAUCCUAAUUAAAAAGACAAAAGCUCAUGGAUAAUA